AUGCAGCUUCGUCGGCAGGUGCGAGGGUACCAGGACCUCCGGCCGCAUCUGUUGCAUCUUCGAAAGAUGAUUUUUUGGUGGUCGAAAAGAGAACGAGCAAGCCGCAUGAAGAUCCACCUUGCGAUGAGAAGAUAGUAGAGGACCAAGAAGCCGAAAGCGAAAACGAGCGACAUCAGAGCUACUCUGGCUUAGCACCCCGGGGCUCCUGCCUCUACGAGAGCAAAGGUGAUUCGAGCCCUGGGAGUUCGGCACCCGGUGACCUGCCGCCGCGGGCAAACCAGGAAGCUCUUUCUAGCAACAAUAACAGCCUGCCGAAGCCGAAUCCGCCAAUCGUGUCCUCAUCAGGAUUGAGUGCAGCAGCUGCAGGACUUGAGCGUGAGCAGCAGCAGCAGCGAGAGGGAGCUCCUUCUGGGAGCAAGGCUAGCCGAUCCUGCUCGGGCAGCGGGAAUGAAAGUACAG